ACACCACAUCUCUUUCUCUCGCUCUCUCUCUCUCUCACAUUCUUCGCAUAAAAAGGCAAACCUGAGCAAGUAGGGAUAAAAGCAGCAGCAGAGUCUCUCGGAGCUUCCUUCCAUGGCGGCAGGACUCUCAACCGCCGUAACAUUCAAACCGCUCCACCGCUCCUUCUCUUCCACCUUCUCCUCCAAUUUCCGCCUCCGCCACCCGAAAUCCGUCGCCGGAUUCCCUCCGUCGCUCCGAUUCAAAGGCUACUCCGUCUGUUACGUCGUCGAGGAGCGGAGGCAAAGCUCUCCCAUCGAUAACGAUGAGAGACCAGAGAGCACGAGCUCCACCACCGCGAUAGACGCCGAGUUUCUCGCGCUGCGUUUGGCGGAGAAAUUGGAGAGGAAGAAAUCUGAGAGGUUCACUUAUCUAAUCGCUGCUGUUAUGUCGAGCUUCGGUAUCACUUCAAUGGCUAUUAUGGCCGUUUAUUACAGAUUCUCUUGGCAAAUGGAGGGAGGUGAGAUCCCAAUGUUGGAGAUGUUCGGUACAUUUGCUCUCUCUGUUGGUGCUGCUGUGGGGAUGGAAUUCUGGGCAAGAUGGGCUCAUAGAGCUCUCUGGCACGCUUCUUUAUGGAACAUGCAUGAGUCACAUCACAAACCUAGAGAAGGGCCGUUUGAGUUGAAUGAUGUGUUCGCCAUAGUUAACGCUGUUCCUGCGAUUGCUCUCCUCUCUUAUGGUUUCUUCAAUAAAGGACUCGUUCCUGGUCUCUGCUUUGGCGCCGGGCUGGGAAUAACGGUGUUUGGAAUCGCCUACAUGUUUGUCCACGAUGGUUUGGUGCACAAGCGGUUCCCUGUAGGUCCCAUCGCCGACGUCCCUUAUCUCCGAAAGGUCGCCGCCGCUCAUCAGCUACAUCACACCGACAAAUUCGAUGGUGUGCCAUAUGGACUGUUUCUUGGACCAAAGGAAUUGGAAGAAGUUGGAGGAGAUGAAGAGCUACAGAAGGAGAUCAGUCGGAGAAUCAAAUUAUACAAAAAGAGUUCGGGUUCCGGGUCGAGUUCCUAACUAAAAACAAACAAGUUUUAUGAAUUCCAAUUUUUUUUUCCUGUCCUUUAUCAUGAUCUGAAAUACGGUCUAUGUGGAUAAAUUAUAUAUGCCGAUUUUGAUUUUAAAUAUCAAAAAUAUAAUUUAGGCUCAA